AUGUUGCGAGAAAUUCAUAUUUAUUCAUUUCUAUUUCUUUCUUUGCUUGGAACAAUAGCUGAAACAAAGAUGAAAAAUUUGGUUACUGAAUUUGUGAAAGAAUCGGGAUCGUCCAUUUUUGAUGGUAAUAAAAAUACAGAAUUUGCAAUAUUAAUCGAAUCAAGAGAAUCCGAAGAUUAUGAUGAUUAUAUGGAUGAAUUCAAGAAAGCUGCAGAGAAAUUCGAGAAUAAGGUGCAAUUUGUAUAUAUCAAUUCGGAUAUAGAAGAAAAUUGGCAAAUAAUCGAAUUUCUCGGUUUAAUAGCAGAAGAUGUGCCUGGUGUAUUAUUUGUUGGUCUUAAAAAGCACUUCAAAAAGUAUAAAGCAGAAAUGAAAGAAAUAACAAAAGCAGAAAUAAUUUCAUUCGUGCAAUCAUGUUUGGAUGGUAAAGCAAUACCUUUUUUGAAAAGUGAAGAAAUUCCUGACGAUUGGAAUAAAAAACCCGUGAUUGAAUUAGUAGGGAAAAAUUUCGAAGAGCAAGUAUUUGACCCAAAGAAAACAACCUUCGUAUUCUUCUAUGCACCAUGGUGUGAAGCAUGCCAGAAAACAAUGCCAGAAAUAGAGAAACUUGGUGAACUUUAUAAAAAUAAGAAAAAUCUAGCAAUUGCCAAAAUGAAUUCAAUGAAUAAUGAAGUAUUUGGAUUACCGAUACUUGAUGUACCUACUAUAGCAUUAUUUAUUAAAGGAUCAAAAAAACCUAUUUAUCAUACGGAAGAUGAACGCACAGCAAAUAAUUUCUCCAAGUUUAUUGCGAUGAAUUUGGAAAGCAAUGAAGAAAAUAGUAUGAAAAAGGAUGAAAAAGAAAGAGAGAAAGAAAGGAAAAAGGAGAAAAGUAAUGAUGGAAAGAAGCAGCUAAAAGAUAUGAAUAAGGUGGAAGAAGCUAAGAGUAAGGAUGAACUUUAA